AGCGGGGCCGGGGCGUGGGGCUCCGGGAGGGCUGCGCGGGGCCGCGGGAGCGAGCGAUGUGGGGCUGCGAUGCGCGGUCAGCCCCGGCCCAUCCGGCCCCAGCCCCGCCGCUGUCCCCGCAGGGCGCUCGCCAUGGAGCCGGGCACCAUCGACAACCUCUGCAUCCUGUACCAGAGCCCUGACUUCAUCGUGGUCAACAAGCACUGGGACAUCCGCAUCGACAGCAAGAUGUGGUACGAGACGCUGACCCUGCAGAGCCAGUUGAAGCACCGCUUCCCCGAGCUGGCAGACCCCGACACAUACUACGGCUUCAGGUUCUGCCACCAGCUCGACUUUUCCACCAGCGGGGCCCUCUGCGUCGCGCUCAACAAAGCGGCGGCAGGAAGCGCCUACAAGUGCUUCAAGGACCGCCUGGUGACCAAAGCCUACCUGGCCCUGGUGAGGGGUCACGUUGACCAGAGCCACAUGACGAUCCGCUAUGCCAUCGGCAAGAACACAGUGGAGGGCAUGACCCACAUGAUGUGCAUUGAGGGGACAGAGGGCUGUGAAAACCCCAAGCCGUGUCAGUCGGAGCUGAUUGUGCUCGAGCACGGGUCUUACAGCGGAGAUCCUGUGACCAAAGUACUGCUGCAGCCGCUGACAGGGCGCACCCAUCAGCUCCGGGUUCACUGCAGUGCCAUUGGCCACGCCAUCGUGGGGGACUUUACGUACAGCCACAAGAAGGACAGCGGUCCAUACCGCAUGAUGCUGCACGCCUACUACCUGCGCAUCCCCACCAGCAAGGAGCUCAUCGAGGUCUGCACGCCUGACCCCUUUGUCACAGCCAUGGAUGGCAACUGGGUGCCGCAGCACAUUGUGCGCCGCCUGGACGAGACCAUCCAGGAGCUGAAGGACAAGGCAGUGCAGAAGGGGGACGUAGGGCAAAGCCAGCAAGCUGUGCCUGGGGACAAAGAAGAGGAGGCACUGAGCAAAGCCAAGAGCCUGGAGCUGGAGGAGCAGCGUGUGCAGUGUGAGCAGUGGUUGGCUGAGUGGGCUCUGGAGUGAGCGCCGGCCAUUUCCAUGCGUUCCCAACCCUUUGCUCCAUAGUUGUCUGAUGGGUUCUGGCAGCCUACCCCAGAGCCCAGCACUAACUCCACAUCCACACUCUCCAUAGGUUGUGGUUUCCCUCACCUCUGGGUCUGGGAUUAGGCAGUUUUUAGCCGCAAUUAGGAUCGGUUUCUUUUUUUACCGUGCCCAUCACCCACUUGGCCACCGGAUGCCCCUUUCCUAAUUGUGUGCCACAGCAGCAGUCAGUGUGCCACGCACCAGCUUAGAGUGACCCUGGAGCUUUGCGUCCCUGUGCCGGGGCAGCGCGGCUGUGCCGUGAGCGUGCUGGAUGCACCCACAGUCCCACAGCACUCGGGUGCUCAGUGUGCCCUCCGUGGGCUCUGUGUCCACUGCUCCAUCCCACCGCAGUCCUCAGUGGAGGAGGUGGGAUGACCCCUCCUUGCUUAUUGCCCGUGAGCUGGGACUGCGGCACAGCCUCGCCACCCAUCUACUUGUUUUUAAAGGUUUGUUGAAGAUGAGCAAAUUGGUAUGAAGAGAUUUUAAAGCUUUUUUUCAGAUUUCUAUGGAACGAAUCUCGUCUUUUAGCAGUUCUGAUGGUCCCAGAGAUGCACGUAUUUUUAGUACUUACCUUGUUUUAAAGCAGCCAGCAUCCCCACGCUUUUUUAAAUAGAUUCUCCUUUUACUAGCAUCUCCCUUUUUUCCUAGGUGUGGAGGCAGCUCUGCUGAGAUGGAUCAGAGGACAGACAGGGGGGUGGCAGGGGCUCUGGGGAUCAGCAGGGCUGGCUCCUCCCCACCAGGGCCCAUCCCCACCUCCAGGUGUGCCCAGGGAGCGCAGGCAGCCACAGGCACUCCCGAAGCUGUAAAUUAACAGCACUGAGUGUUUGCCAAAGAAUUACUGUCAGGGAUGUGCCGAAAGGCCGAAAGAUUACGGGUGACAUUUGCUGCAUCAGAGCUGGGAUGCGCCCCAUCUGUGCAGGAACAUCCGCAUGUGGCUGCAGCCACACGCUGGGGACACUGUGCCCUCAACUGCCGUGGCAGCGUGUGGACACUGUGCCAUGGGGAUGGUCACAGCCAGAGCACUGCGUCCCACAAUCCCGCACUGUGUUGCACUUUGAGUGAUAUUGCAGGAGCCAACCCUAAAGCUAUUGCCCACGGGGCAGCGCUGCCCAUGUCACCUCCACGCAGCGUUCGCUGCAUUUUGUGUAGAUCCACUAUGUGCACGUGAAAGCUUGGGAGGGGUCAUGUUUGGGUAUUUGUGUGUUUCGUGGUCUUCUGUACCCCUGGUAACAACCCUUAUUUGUUGUGUAUUUGUGGGCAUUGCCAUAGUAAACCAUCUCUUCCUGAUA